AUGACCAGCUCUAGCAAGAAAUCAGCCUCUAAAGCUAAAUUAUUAGAUAAGCGAAAGCUGGAAGAUGAUUUAGAGACCAAACCGAUUCUGAAGAAACAUAAAGAGAAUGAGACAAGGAAAGAGCAGAACGAAGGAAGGGUCGAGUUGUCAGAGACAAACUAUGUUGGACAAGUUGUUCGUCUUCGACUUGUUGCAACCCACACGGGCAAGCGUGAGGGUAGUGGCUUUGUUGAGUUUGCUUCUGCUAACGAAGCAAAGAAGGUGCUGGAAAAGAAGAAUGGUGAAUAUUUGCGCGAUCGCAAGAUUAUUCUUCAAGUGGCUAAUAAGGAAACUACACGCCUUCCACUCAAGUAUUGCGUAGAACACACGGUUAGUAUCGAUUUCUUCAAAGAUGUUGGACAAGUUGCUCGUGUUCGCCUUCGAUUAACCCCCGAGGGCAAGCGUACGGGCCGUGGUUUUGUUGAGUUUGCUUCUGCUGACGAAGCAAAGAAGGCACUGGAAAAGAAGAAUGGUAAAUACUUGCACAAGCGCGAGAUUUUUCUUGAUGUGGCUAAUAAGGGAUAUCGAUGCCUUCCACCCAACAUCAAAGUCUUUGAAGAUGUUGGAGAAGUUGUUAGUGUUCGACUUGUUGUAGACGACAAGGGUGAGCGUGUGGACUGUUGCUUUGUUGAGUUUGCUUCUGCUGAAGAAGCAAAGCUGGCGCUGCAAGAGAAGAAAAAUAGCAAGUUCUUUCGUAGUAAUGUUUUGCUCAAAGCGGCUGAGAUAGCUUCUCCAUACCCUUUCCGACCCAAAAGAAGCAUUAACGCUAUUUAUCUUUUGUUAAUUAGGUAUAACUUACACAAGCUUGCAAAGAAGCUUUGGUACGAAGAUAACAUUCUUCGACGGGAAGGCCUUGGUUUGGUGACCAAAGAGAAGGUUUUUGUGACGAUGAAUGAAUGA